AUGAAUAACGUUAAUUAGAAAAGAAAGCCAUAAGAAAAUGUUGAAACUUUAUAAAUAAGUAAUGAAGUAGGUCCUUUGUAAAUGGUGAGCAAGAAAUUGAAAAAAAGCUAAAGACUCGUAAUUGAAAUGAAACUUGAUAAAAAAUGGAUUGGGUCUUCCUAGAGCAUUCACGAAUCUAUUACUUUACUUUAAUAAAGCUAAUCUUAAGAAAUGAAUAACUCUAAGAUUCACAAUUUUUUACAAACUUCUUUAAGUCACAGUGAUUUAAUGAUGGGAGUUAGCGAAAUUGCUUAAUAAUGCACAUUCCUUAAUGGAGUUUUAGAUUAAGGAAAUAAUGUUGUAAAAAUUUACAUGCAACCAAAUAAAGACUUUAACUUUGAAAAAGAAUAUACCACUCCUAGCAAUAUAGAUAUUAAAUCAACUCAAUACACUGACAAUGACCCAAUUUAAUAUGACUAGUAAAUGGGAACCUCCAAUUACUAUUUCAACGAGUAAGAUAUCCAAGUUGGUAGUAUGAAUGCUAACGAUGAUGGUAUUUGA